UAAAAGGCCUUGCUCGUACUCCAUGUGUUCAAGCUAUAAUAAACAGAGAGGGAGUUGCGGUCCUAUUUGUGCGCGUCAGAAAGAAGUUUGAUACAGUGCCAACAGCUUAUAAUAUAGGGAGGAGUUGUGUGAAAAUAUUGAGGCUCGUGAUUUCACACGUAACUACCUGAUGGACGUAUUGCUUCCUAAACUAUAGAAGUGUCGAGCGUAUUGCAGAACCUGUUAUUCUUGAAUGCUUGAUAAAUCGUUUUCUCCAGCCAAUGGUGGUCUGUUGCAAGAAAAGACUGAGCUCGAAGCAAGUAGCUGAGAAGCUUGAAUUCGUUAAGCAGAACCACACUUGCAACCGUGAUUGAGAUCGAGUGUACACCGAACAGCACAAGACAUGUAUAGACGUCACAUUCAUGAGAGGCUCCUUAUUGCGGUAGAACAAGGGGACCUUCCCAAUGUUCAACUUGCUGUUCAGCAGGGCGCUAACAUCAACGAAAUACCGUGGGGUAUGGAGUCAGUGCUGAUGCGAGCUAUUCGUUGCCGCCAUUCACUUGUGGCUGAGUAUCUUAUUAAGCAAGGCGUUGACCUCGGUUAUCAUUAUGAGAAAACGAGCUCCCCGCGAGGCCCCACUAGACCGAUGCAAGAAACGGCAAGAGACUACGCAGAGUUCUAUGACCUGCCGGACAUUGUCGAGCUAAUCGACCGGAAAACGGGCCAUUUCCGCUAAAAAGAGCAAGACAGGGUUGGGACCACUACUUUUGGGCGUAAGAUGACGAAACAUGAGGACACUAGACCGACGGUCACUUUUGCUGAUACGGAAACUUCCAACAGAGAGAAGUUGUCAAAGGCCCCUAUAGCCUAUCAUAUUGCCCCAAAACCUUGACGCAUGUUGAACGAUCCGGGGAGUGUGUGAUAGGGGUGAAUUCGUUACAAUUAGUGUUCAAUUAUUAUAAGACAGUGAUAGCCCAAAGUUUGGAGACACCGUUUUUGUAUUAAAUGUACAGAUAAUUACAGAAUGAACAGGCAACGAAGUUCAAUCUGAUUUGUUACGGUAUACCGAUACGUUACGAUUCGUGUUACUUAUAUAAAGUAGCCAGAGGCGGUGCCAGGUGUGUAGAAAAUCUGUAUGCAUGUAGAUUGUCAAACAGUCAUUCCUUUUUAUUAAACAGUCGUUUCUCUACAAUAGACUACUUGUUAAUGAAAACUUUUGUGGAUAUAAUUCGACUCAUUUCGUAAUGUGGUGUGUGUGAUAGCAUUAAAUUGUCGACGGACUAUUACGUCAUGUCUCCAAAAAGAAAAACAGAAUUAAAACACUCGUUUCGGCCAUCUGGAAUAAUUAUUUGCUGGAACGUAGACAUAAAUGUGCCGAAUGAACACAUUCAUUUUUACUCGGACGCUUCUUUUGGGGCUACAAGUUAAAUCACAUUGUCAUGAUAGCCUACUCUGGAAAACGUGAUCCAUUUAUUUCAAACAAGUAGGCCUAAGUAACAUUCAUGCAUUUUGGAGGUAAAGAAAAAUUGAAAAAGUCAAAGUUUCAUUAAAAGAACGUGAAUUAGGUUUCAGGUGUGGACUCAAAGUAUG